AGCAGUGAAGUAAUGGGUUAAAAUCUGCAUGAUCCCAGGAUCGCUCCAGUUGGCUGUGUGGAGGAGAGGGAGGGCAGUUAAGAAGCUAUUGCAGUAAUCCUGGCGCUAAGAUGGGCGUCUGUGAGAAGCGUAAAGAGGUGGGCUGGCAGAGGAAGUGGACGACAAAGUUCUUCAUGCUGCUUUUAUCCCAUUUGGAGACAUCACAGAUAUUCAGAUUCCCCUGGAUUAUGAAACAGAAAAGCACCGAGGAUUUGCUUUUGUUGAAUUUGAGUUGGCAGAGGAUGCCGCGGCAGCUAUUGACAACAUGAAUGAAUCUGAGCUCUUUGGACGGACAAUUCGUGUCAACUUGGCAAAACCAAUGAGGAUCAAGGAAGGCUCUUCCAGACCAGUGUGGUCAGAUGAUGACUGGUUGAAGAAGUUCUCUGGGAAGACUCUCGAAGAGAAUAAAGAGGAAGAAGGGUCAGAGCCUCCCAAAGUGGAGACCCAGGAGGGAGAGCCUGCUGCGAAAAAGGCCCGAUCAAAUCCUCAGGUGUACAUGGACAUCAAGAUUGGGAACAAGCCAGCCGGUCGCAUCCAGAUGCUCCUGCGUUCGGACGUUGUCCCCAUGACGGCAGAGAAUUUCCGAUGCCUGUGCACCCAUGAGAAGGGCUUUGGCUUUAAGGGAAGUAGCUUUCACCGCAUCAUCCCCCAGUUCAUGUGCCAGGGCGGCGAUUUCACGAACCACAAUGGCACUGGGGGCAAGUCCAUCUACGGGAAGAAAUUCGAUGAUGAGAACUUUAUCCUCAAACACACGGGACCAGGCCUGCUCUCCAUGGCCAACUCCGGCCCAAACACCAACGGCUCCCAGUUCUUCCUGACGUGUGACAAGACGGAUUGGCUGGAUGGCAAGCACGUGGUGUUCGGGGAGGUCACAGAAGGCCUGGAUGUCUUGCGGCAGAUUGAGGCCCAGGGCAGCAAGGAUGGGAAGCCAAAGCAGAAGGUAAUCAUUGCCGACUGUGGGGAGUACGUGUGAGUCCGCAAAGUCUUGGCACUGCCCCUGCAUAUCCAGGAGCUGUCAGCCUGGGAACCAGCACCUGAGGGUGUCUGUCCCCUUUGUGGCAAGCAGGGGUUUGUGUUGUGGCCCUUCUUGGACUCAGCUCGGAGCAACUCUUCUGCAGGUACGGCCUGGGCUCCCUCUGGCUCUUUCCCAGGCGUGGCCGUGGGCCUGGGAGCCGGCACAGGGGCCGCCUUCCCCAUUGUGGACAGGCUGUGCGUGGUCUUUUCCGGCCUUUGCUGCCACGGCUUCUCCUUGGCCCGCCAGUGUGGCUCCUGGACGUUUCUUCUAGUAAAAUAAAUCCUAGUUCCUGUACUGCCGAGUCCAGCUAGUUCCUAGCAGUUGUCAGAGAUUAUGUCUGUGGCUAAGCUGUCCUGCUGAAUUAGGCUGGCAAAGGGAUGGGGCAUAGCUUUUCUCUACACCCUUGGAUAGUUCCCUGAGAUGCCAAGUAAUAGAUCUUCAAGCCAGGUUCCCUUGUCAGAUCAUUGUCAGGACGGUGGAAAUCAAAGAUAGUGGAGAAAUUUGUCUUCUGCUGCCUGUGCUCCUAAACUCAUGCUGGCUAGUCUUGUAGGCAGCAAGUGUAGUUACAACUCUCAGCGAUUCAUGUGUUUAUUUCUUCAUAUUCACUCUACAGAUAUUAAGUAAGCUCUGUGCCCAGCAUAGGGCUUGAACUCACAACCCAGAGGUCAGGAGCCACAUGCUGUACUGACUGAGCCAGCCAGGUGCUCCCAUUCUACAGAAUUUUUCACACAAUAUUUUAUAACUCAAAAUGCCUUCUCUGUGCCACGUACUAUGCUUAUUUGUCCGGGGACAAGAUGUCACCCAGCUACCUGGGUCUAACCAACCUGCUGCCUUUUUUGUGAAUAAAGUUAUUGGAACACAGCCACA